UAUUCGACUUUCAUCUUUCAUUCGAAGCGGACGCGUUUCUCCACGUCAUUCAGUGCUAGAGCGGAGUCAUACAUUGUGAUAGUACGGAUAAACACCUAGAGUCGAAGUUGUCUAGUUUUAACCCGUUUAUCAAUAUUUCGAAAAGGCUUGCAAAAGCUGCCUACAAAGUGGGGAUAUGGCGCGGCAAGGUCACUUGUCGAUCCUGAUUCGGGAUGUAAUUCUGCUGUUCUGCUGUCUCGCGGCCAGCGUAGGGGCCUUUAACUUAUCCCCUCGUCCGAACACGCAGAUAAACGAUCCACAGUUUGCCACCACACUGCCCAAAGUUCGUGCGUCAUAUUUUGGUUAUACCAUGAGCCUGCGACCGAAAGGUGUCAUUGUAGGAGCACCGCGCGCGCAGUCUUCCCUGGAGUCACAGCGCCAGAUAAAUGAGACCGGCGCGAUUUACAGAUGCUCUCUGACUACCGGCUCCUGCAACCCAUAUGUCCUCGAUCCCAAUGGAAACCGAGACGCUCCGUACAGUGAGUACACCUUCGACUCGGAGCGAAAGGACUUCCAAUGGCUGGGUGGCUCGAUGGACGGCGGCACUAGCGACUCGGACAAGCUGCUGGUGUGUGCCCCACGAUUUUAUGCACCCAGUGCUAAGGAUUACCAUAUGCAUGGAGUAUGCUAUUGGCUGCAAAACACCCUGGCUAGCAGUCCGGAGCACGUGAAUCGGAUCUCCCCGUUGCGGCUAAAAUCGGAACAAGUUGUGCAGGAAGAUAGUGGCAACGAAAUUAACUUUUACUACAUUCUUGGAGAGCUGGGGCUGAGUGCUCAUGUCUCGGACGACAACAGUAAGUUUCUGAUUGGUGCCCCGGGCAUAUAUACGUGGAAAGGAUCGGUUAUACUCUAUGGGCGAGUCGACCCAUCAGAAAACCCAAGCGUCAGCCGGCGUGACACGAGCAGCGCUCUGCGCCGAAAAACCAGGGAGAGCGACUCAAGUGACUACACACCCGAUAACUUCGUCCCGGAAAUCCCCAAGCCCCAGAACUGGGGUCAACAGGAUGACUCAUACUUUGGUUAUGCUGUGGCAUCUGGUUAUUUUGACAGUACAAACCUAACCACUCUGUUGUACGUGGCCACCGCUCCGCAGGCCAACAGACAAUCCGGCGAGGCAUACAUAUUCGAUGUGCUGGGCAAGACCAUCAAGAAAUACCAUGUGUUCCGUGGAGAACAGUUUGGGGAGUACUUUGGCUAUUCAGUCCUCGCCGAGGAUCUCAACGGUGACGGACGGACAGAUGUGGUGAUUUCAGCCCCCCAACACUCUCAGGAAGACUCGCACGACAACGGUGCAAUCUAUGUUUUCAUCAACAAGGGCUUUUUCAACUUUGAGUCGAAACUGCUGCGAUCGCCCAUUGCCAGUAAGGCACGUUUCGGGACUACUCUGACCCGCCUGGGAGACAUUAAUCACGAUGGCUACAAUGAUAUCGCUGUGGGUGCGCCGUUUGCGGGAAAUGGAUCGGUUUUCAUCUACCUUGGCAGCGAGCAUGGUCUGCGGAACCAGCCCAGCCAGCGGCUAGAUGCGCCUUCGGGUCAGCCCUCCAAGUAUGGCGCACAUAUGUUUGGGCAUGGCCUCUCCCGUGGGUCCGACAUCGAUGGCAAUGGAUUUAAUGACUUUGCAAUCGGAGCUCCGAACGCCGAGGCCGUCUAUUUGUAUCGUGCUUAUCCAGUUGUCAGGCUGAAGGCCACUGUGAAGUCACAGUCGCGUGAAAUCAAGCCGGAGCAGGACAAGGUGGCAAUCACAGCCUGCUAUGGUAUAACCACCACGGCCACAGCGCAGGCAGUCCAGAAGCAGGAGAUGUCCAUACGCAUCGUUAUCGAUUCACAGUUGAAACGCGCCAAGUUUACUCAGACUCAAAGCCAUGAAAUGAGUUUCACAGUCGACGCAGGUCUGACGGAGCAGUGCAGAGUAUUUGAGUGCGUUGUGCGCUACAGCGAGAAGGACAUAUUCACACCCAUCGAGCUGGAGAUGCACUACGAACUAACAAAAAAAGUACCUGAUUCUAAGGAUUUCUGCGAAACUUGUGUCGCUGUUGAUCCCUCAGAGCCGAAGGUCUACACCGAGAAGAUCAUAUUUAGUACGGGUUGUGCAACUGAUAUUUGUAUUGCUGACUUGCAAGUGAAAAGCAAGGAUGUGAGCCCUAGCUACACUUUGGGAAAUGGCAGUACUCUCCGCCUGAACUACGAGAUCACCAACAACGGAGAGACCGCCUAUCUGCCACAAUUCAAUGUGACCAGCCUGCCCCACUUGAGCUUUGCUCAGAUACCGGGCAAUUGCAGGGUUAGCGAUACUGGAAUGGUUUGCGAUCUGAACCGGGGACGACCGCUGGCCAAGGGGGAUAGGGAUAGCGUCUCCAUUAGCUUCGACGUAAGCACUUUGAGUGGUGUAGCACUCAUAAUAAACGCCGAGGUGUUCAGCACAGGCUAUGAAAAGAAUCCCAUUGACAACAGGCAGACCAAUGUAAUAAGUCUGAGAGAGUACACCGAAAUUGACGCAACUGGGGGCCAAAUAAACACCCAAAUUGACUUGGAACACUACAAAAACUCCGCGGAAAUAAUCAACAAUUAUGAGAUUAAGAGCAAUGGUCCCAGUAUUAUCGACGAUCUGACAUUGUCCUUUCAUAUACCUAUAGCGUAUAAGGUUGCUGGAUCGACCGCCGUCAUACCCAUCAUCAACAUAACCACAUUAAAGAUGCAGGCCACGUACGACGCUCAGCUGUUGGGCAUAGAGCUGUUCGAUCAGAACAACACCAUGCUGAUCCUAGAUCCAAUAGAAAUUUCCACUACGCGCGGCAUACAGAGCACGGAGCGAACAGUGAUUAGACAGAAUGGACAGGGAUAUGAUAUCACCACCAGUGGGCAUGUUCAUCAGUCUUGGCAAGAGGUCGACUCUGAUAUGGUGGCUACCGCUUCCAUGACGCGCAAGCGACGUGAUCUUAAAGCACUGACUGCCAACCGCGAGCAGUACGCUCGCAUCUCUAACGCCAAGGCGCAUGACUUGCUCAGCGAGGACUUUAAGGGCAAGCUGCCGGUGAAUCGGACAAUUGUGUUUAACUGCAGGGAUCCCGACAUGACCAUCUGCAUUAGAGCCGAGAUGCGUGUGUAUAACUUUAGGGCGGAUAAGCCUGUCAACCUGAAUGUGCGCUACUCCGUUGACCUCAACGAAGUCAAUGCCAUUUUAUUGGAUCCAUGGGAGUAUUUUGUCAUUCUGACCGAUCUAGACUUGUUGAAGAAGGGAGACCUGUCCGGCAGCUCGUUCUCCAUCAAUCGGAAGAUUGAGCCAAAUGUGAUAUCCAAACAUCUGCAGUCCCGCACGCCCAUCUGGAUCAUAAUUGUUUCCAUUAUCGGUGGUUUGCUUCUGCUCUCAGCGAUUAGCUAUGCCCUCUACAAGUUCGGGUUCUUUAAUCGAGCCAAAAAGGAAGAGCUGAAUAGACUGGUGAAACAGAGUCCCGACGAACCCGAGGCUGAGAACCUAAAUAGCGAUGGAAAUAACUAGCUUUGACCGAAAACAAGCUGCAAGUUUCAGCAGAUACCAAAACCUAAUAUUAUAACUUGAAGACGCCAUUACAAAUUAUUUAUCUACUAAGUAUGUGUGUUCUACAUGUAUUUAAAAACAAAACGAAAUUGGUAAGGUCGAUAAACGAAAACCUCACAGUUUAUAUGAAAGCGUGCAACUUUUAAACCGCGAAAGCAUUGAAUGUUCUUGUUGGUUUGACUUCCUAGUGGUCUACGAUAAGUGCCUUUUAAUUUGUAGUUUAACGACAAUUAUUUUAUGUAAAAAAGUGCCUCGUGUGCAACACAGACUUUAUUGCCAUUUUUUGUAAAUAUUUAUUAAACAUUUGUAAUAAUAAAUUGUUUUAAUAGUUUUACUAGCUCUAAGUAAUUUAAAAGACUUUAUUAAUGUGUAAACAACUGUAAAACCGAAACUAGAUUAUUUUGAGCACAAUAAAGCUUUUGUAGAAACUAUUAUAGUAUUAUAUUAGAGGAAGUAUUAAAUAAAAACACAUUUUAUAUU